UCCACAGGACAGACCAGUGGUACUAGCUCUGGGGAAUGCUUACCUGCAACCCCUGGAGAGAUCAACAUUGCUACAUUUCAAAAGACCAUAGAACCCACCACUGUAGGGUCACCCAUGGCUCCAAAUGAGACUGUAGCCUUCAGUCCUCGAGAGACUUUUGCUGCUGCCAUAUUUAGAGAAACCACUGAUACUACUGAGGAUGCUCAUCAACACAUCUUGACUACUCUAGAAGAGUCACUUAUUGACACCCCAAGAGUAGAAGUCAUUGUCACCCAAGCUGGAAAUGCCACUGAAACCACCAUUCGAGAGACCCCUACUGCCGCAUAUGAACCCCCCACAAUUAUUCACAGAAAGACAUCAGCCACAGUCCCUAGAAAGACCCCCACCACUCCCACUUCUGGAGCACACCCAGCUUUCCCUCCUGAUGAGAUUCCUGCCACUCCCUCUGUCGAAGCAACCACCACUCAUAAAGAGAUCCUUCCUGCUCCACCUAAAGAAAAUGCCCCCAUUGCCCCAACUCCUAAAAAGACUCCAAUGGACACCCCCAGAGGGAUUACCUCAGCUUCCCAAGGAAAAGCCAGCACCAUCAAGCCAGUGAUUCCUCUGUCAUACUGGUCCAUCAUGCUCAUCGGCAUCACAGUCACCCUUGUCCUGGCCGUAGGACUUUGCAUGGUAAUCUAUUGUGUAAUGUUCUUCAUUGUGGUCAUCUACUCAACUUCGUAACUGAACACACCCACUUGUCCAAACCCA